AAACCGAAACACACAACCACAAUAUUCCCCCAAUACCAACACCAAUCUGACCCCGACUCCAACUUUGGUUCCGGAUCUGACUCCGACUCCGAAUCUGAAUCCGCCUCCGUCUUCGUCUCUGUCCAUGUUUGUGCCUUCGGGUCCGCUGUCGUUAACUUGCGCAUGUGAAGAGUAUGGACGCGGCUGUGCCGACAUUGGGUGCCUGCCCACUGAGGAGUGCGUCAUCACUAGCGACUCGUGCAGCUACAAUCAGCGCGAUGGCAAGGACUGUGGCAGCUAUCCGACCUGCAAGCGCAAGAGCGGCUCCAGUACCAACCAGGCUAACCCCUCUUCUUCGUCGUCGUCGGUUAAUCCGUCAGGAUCCAACCUGAACACGGGCCCCGAGAAUAAAGUAUUCGCGCCGGCUUCAUCGAAUCCCACUCUUAACACCUACACUUACUUCAGUCACAGCAAUCACAAUAACAACAAUAACAACCAGAACGGAGGGCACGCAAAUGGCAACCAGCAGCCGUCAGGCAGCCAUCAGAAUGGCGGCCAGGGCGGCGCCCAAAACGGUGGCCAGGCAAUCAGCCAGAACGCCGCGAAUGCCGAGGGCUCAAACGGGGCCGCCGGCGCCUCGGCCACCGGCAUCGAUCAGCACUACGUGUUCGGGGCUAAGCAUCAUAUGCCCAUCAUACCCAAUAUGCCCAUAUUUCCCUACAAUUCGCCAACGCAAGCGCCAUCAUUUCAACAGUUUCCCCAACCCAACCAUCCAGGCAGCGUGCUCAACCCGGGCUAUCCAAUGCAUGGCCUGCAGCCGGUGAACCCCUACAAUCCAGCGUUCGUAUUUGGCCAGCUACCGUUUUAUUCAGGACCGGCCGGCACUGGUGGGCCGCCGGGGGGCGGCGGUGCCGGCGUUGGCAUGCCCAGCUCUAGCAUGGGCAUCCUCGGAGGCGGCGGCGGCGGUCUGGCGCCAUACGGCAGUAACUACCAGGGCUACCAGACCCACCACUCGAAUGCGAACAUGUACAACAAGCCGCCGCCACAGUACCAGAACCAGAACCAACAGAAUCCCUACAAUCGCCAGACCCAAGCGCAUCCUUCGGCAGCUCUGCGGUGCGGUAACUCCAGCGCCUCGCUCAUCGGCCUGCUCGCGGUCCUUGUGUUGCUACUGGCCCACCGAGGCAGCGCCAGCGGCAGCACGUAAUGCAGCAGCAGUCGC